CAGAAUAUGUUGAGCAACCAGUAUGGAAAAAGUUGAAAACUACACCAAUUACUUCCACUUCUAAGAGGAAAUGCUGCUCCUGGAAAUGCCUACCUCUGAAAACAUGCCCUGAUACUGUUGGGUGCGGAAGGUUCCAGGAUCUGCAUGAAGACGUCUUCCUUAUGGGCAUCAUCACAGCUUCUUCUCUUUCUUCAUUCACCGUCUUAGGUGUGUCAUGCUACUGGAAUUCUGCUUGUCUCAUCUUUGCUUUCAGUUUAAACACCUUGCUCUGGAACUUAGACUCUUCAAUUGAGACCGUAUGGCCAGUUGUUGGUGUAUCAGGUGACUGUGAAGAAUCAGGUAUGUACCUAAUAGUCAUAAAGGUUAGCUCCACCCAUACACCUUAAAUCCACACCCACAUGCUCUAUCACUCUAAAAGCACAGAAAAUGAAAUUUCUCGCUAAUAGACUGUAAAUGAUCUCUGAGUGCUUUCUCUUCUUGUCCAGUGUGAGUGCAGGAAAAUGGCUGAUGCCAGUAUUUUAAUAGAAAAAGAGGAGUUCAUCUGUUCAGUCUGUUUGGAUCUACUGGAAGAUCCAGUUACGAUAAACUGUGGCCACAGUUUUUGUAUGGUGUGUAUUAACAGUCACUGGAAUGAAGAGGCCCAGCAAAGAGUCUACAGCUGUCCUCAGUGCAGAGGCACUUUCACUCCAAGGCCUGUUCUACAAAGAAACAAUAUGCUGGCUGAAGUGGUGGAGAAACUGAAGAAGAAGACUGAAAACCAAGCUGGACCUGGAGAUGUGGAGUGUGAUUUCUGCACAAGGAGAAAGCAAAAAGCCAUCAAGUUCUGUCUGAUCUGUCUGGCUUCAUUUUGUGAAACCCAUCUCAGUCCUCAUUAUGAGUCCUCAGCAUUUAAGAAACACACGCUAACUGAAGUCUCAGCAAAACUACAAGGCAGCAUCUGCUCCCAACAUCACAAGCUGAUUGAGAUCUACUGUCGUACUGAUCAAACAUGCAUCUGUUAUUUGUGUAUGAUGGAAAAUCACAAAGGACAUGACACCGUCAUAACCGCAGCAGAAAGAGCUGAGAAACAGAGUGAGUUAAAGGAGGAUCAGAUGAAAUUCCAGCAGAGAAUCCAGGAGAAGCAGAAGAAGGUGCAGGAGCUGAAACAGACUGUGAACACUAUAAAGCUCAGUGCACAGACAGCUGUGGAGGACAAUGAGAUAAUCUUUACUGAGAUGAUCAGCUCCAUGGAGAAAAAGCGCUCGGAGGUGACGGAGCUGAUCAGAGCUCAGGAGAAGGCUGAACUGAGUCGAGCUGAACGACUGCUGGAUCAACUGGAGCAGGAGAUUGCUGAUCUUCAGAGGAGAGUCACUGAGCUGGAGCAGCUUUCACACACACAUGAUCACAUCCAUUUCCUCCAGGCUUUAGCUUCUGGACGUCGGUCUUCUCUAUCAAUCAGACCAGAUUUUGACACGUCCAGCAUCACUGUCCCUCAACAUCUGUCAUUUGAUGGAGUGAGGAAUUCUCUCUCAGAUCUGAAGAAGAGACUGGAGGAAUUCUGUGAGGAGGAAUUCAACAAAAUCCCUCCACAUGCUGCAGCAGUUCAGAUCAUUUCACCACCAGAGCCACAGAGCAGAGAAGAGUUUCUGAAAUAUUUCUGUUAUCUGACUCUGGAUCCCAACACGACACAUCCUAACCUCAUUCUGUCUGAGAAGAACAGAGUGGUGAGAGGCAGUGCGAGGGAGCAGCAGUACUCUGAUCAUCCAGAGAGAUUUGACUACUUGUGGCAGAUGUUAAGUAAGGAGAGUGUGUGUGGACGCUGUUACUGGGAGGUGGAAUGGAGCGGUGAUGGUAUUGUGUUCAUAUCAGUCUCAUAUAAAGACAUCAGCAGGAAAGGACGGGGUUAUAAGUGUCGGUUUGGAUUCAACAAUCAAUCCUGGAGUCUGGAGUGUUCUUCUUCUUCUCUCUCUUUCUAUCACAACAACAUUAAGAUUGAUCUCAGAGUUCCAUCACCCUCCAGAAUAGGAGUUUAUGUGGAUCACAGUGCAGGAACUCUGUCCUUCUACAGCGUCUCUGACACCAUGAAGCUCCUCCACAGAGUCCACACCACAUUCACUCAGCCUCUAUAUGCUGGAUUCUGGCUCUCCUUGUUGUCUGGUUCCUCAUCUGUGAGAUUGUGUGAUCCAGAAUAAUGUGUGUAGAGUUUUGUUUAAAAUUCCUGCACAUUACCACAUUGUUACUCCAUCAUCUGUUUUACUAACACUUUUAUCUUUUGUCAUUUUUAUUUCUUUAUUAAAACAGAUGAGUCAUUUUACACUGAUUAAAAACGAAAGGUUAAAAAAUUAGUCAGACAAGAAACAAGUAAAAUUUGUAAAAAAAAAAAAGUAAAUGAUCAAAUGAUAUCUUGUGACCUUAGCACUGUAAAGCCCUGUAAAGUUCUACCUGUUUGUUUCUUAUGAAGCAUAUUAAACCUGUUAGGUUCACACUCUAGUAAAAUAAAAGUCUAGAAAUAGUCUAGAAGUUUAAAGUUGUUUCUUAGCCCUAAAACUUUCACUGUAAAGCAUUUAACAAUAUUUAAACUACAUUAAAUCAUACAGUAGAUGAUUGGUUAAAGCUGCAUGUGUUGUGUUCAUCCCAUAUUCAGCCUGGAUGAUGAUUGGCUGGCAGACAGAACCUUAUAAAUCCAAGUUUAUCUCUGAUUUUUAGAGAAAAAGAUCAGACCACAGGAGAACGGUGUGAACUGGGUGUCAAUAUCAGUCUCAUAUAAAGAGAUCAGAAGGAAAGGAAGUCGUAAUGAA